GGUGAGAGCGAGCUCAGCUCAGCCUCACUCUCAGAAACGAUCCCCAGAGAGCGAGAGGAGAGAGAGAUAGAGAGAAAGCCUCCAAAGAAACGAUCAAAAAGAGCUCGAGCGACCAGCCAGCCGGCUAGCUGGACGUAGCCCCUCAGCUCUGACGAGCGGCCGGCCAGUUUUUACUAGCUAGGUAGCUAGCUAGGAAGUAGUUAAGCUAGCAAGAGUGUGAGAGAGCGAGCAGUGAGGGGAGGCGGUGGAAAGGAAAGGAAAGGAAGAGGCCGGUGGAAAUGGUGGGCUCCGGGGCGGCAGGCGGGGGAGGAGGAGGAGAUCACGCGCGGAGCAAAGAAGCCGCCGGGAUGAUGGCGCUCCACGAGGCCCUCCGCAACGUCUGCCUCAACUCCGACUGGACCUACUCCGUCUUCUGGACCAUCCGUCCUCGCCCGCGGUGCCGCGGCGGCAACGGGUGCAAGGUCGGCGACGACAACGGCAGCCUGAUGCUGAUGUGGGAGGACGGGUUCUGCCGGCCGAGGGUGGCGGAGUGCCUGGAGGACAUCGACGGCGAGGACCCGGUGCGGAAGGCGUUCAGCAAGAUGUCCAUCCAGCUCUACAACUACGGAGAAGGGCUGAUGGGAAAGGUGGCGUCCGAUAAAUGUCACAAAUGGGUCUUCAAGGAACCUUCUGAAUGCGAGCCCAACAUCGCCAACUACUGGCAGAGCUCUUUUGAUGCCCUUCCUCCCGAAUGGACUGAUCAGUUCGCCUCUGGCAUCCAGACCAUAGCUGUGAUCCAAGCUGGCCAUGGCCUUCUUCAGCUGGGCUCUUGCAAGAUUAUACCCGAGGAUCUGCACUUCGUGCUGCGGAUGCGACACAUGUUCGAGUCGCUCGGCUACCAGUCGGGCUUCUUCCUCUCCCAGCUCUUCUCCUCGUCGCGGGGGACCUCGCCGUCGCCGUCGUUCCCGCUCAAGCAGCAGCCGCCGCAGGCCGCGCGUGCGCCGCCGCAGCUGUUCAACUGGCCGGGGCAGCCGCAGCUCCCGCCCACAGCCGCCGCCGCCGCGUCGCCGCUCUUCCCGCCUGGACCGGCCGCGUUCCACCCGUCCAGGCCGAUGCCGCCGUUCCCGGGCGGCGGAAACAAGGACGAGAGCCACAUGUUCCACCUCCCGCCGGCGGGUCACCACGCCGCCAAGCAGCCGCACAUGGACGAGCACCACCAGCAGCAGCCGAUGGCGCCCGGCGGCGGUGAGGCCCCCGAAGGCGACCUCAAAUGGCCCAACGGGCUGUCGUUCUUCACCGCGCUCACCGGCCGCACGGACGACGCGAAGCUCCUGUUCGGCGGCGGCGCCGGCGCCGGCGGCGCUGAUGACGGGCAGCACAAGACGACGACGGCGCAGGACGCGCACGGUGGCGCCGAGAACGUGGAGGAGUACCUGAGCCUGGAGAGCCACUCGAGCAAGGCGAGGAGGAUGGAGAACGCACAGAGCUCCAAGUUCAAGAGGAGCUUCACGUUGCCGGCUAGGAUGAGCUCGUCGACGUCGACCUCGCCGUCCGUGUCGGCCUCGACGGCGCCGGCGCCGCCGCAGCAGCAAGGAAUGGAGUACAGGGGCCCACACGAGGGCGGCGUCUACUCAGACCUAAUGGAGACGUUCUUGGAGUAGCCAUAUCCUACCAAGAAAUCGGCAUGCAUGACCAAUACUCAAGUACGUGCAUCAUCUCCAUCAUCAAGAAAAAUCCUACCAAAGAAAUGAACAUGCAUGAUCUCUUGAGAGUUCACCUAUUAGCUCUCUUUUUUUUUCUCCCAAGCUAUGUUUAAGCUGUUGAGCGGUCUGGUUUGGAGUUAAUUUGCUUCUGUUUGAUUAAACUAGAUCAUGUAAUCCUUUUUUGUUCCUGGCGAUGAUCCUCCUAGUUGUAGCUCUCUUUCUCUCUCUCCUCUGGUGCAAGAACUUGAAACUUGGUACUACAUGCGAGCAUGCAUGCAUGCAAAGAUGGGCAUGAGUUUGCUUCCAUGAUGGUUGGCAAGUUAUAUGGUGCAAUGAUGGUAAGAACAACGACAUGCAACACCUAAUAAUGCGCU